AUGACUGACUUUCGAAUGCCCCUCCACCAAGGGCCUCCUGCCCGGAAGCCCCUCGCUAGUGCCCAGCACGGGUAUGGUGGAUACCAGCCCUACGAUUCUCCACGGUCCCAACUUGCGCCCCAUCUAGCGAGCCCCCAGACCACACAUAGUCGGACUCGAACCACAUCCUCCAACGUGCUGCCCUACUCAGGUGGUUCUCAGCACUACCACGGCGCACCUCCGCCGCCUCCUAUUCCCCAAACCAUGUCUCUUUCUCAUUAUCCAGCCUCUCGACGCAUGUCUAGCACCACUACCUCGACCUCGUCUACCGGCAACCACCCGACGCCACACGCGGGGCAAGGCGUUUCUGAUAUCCGGCGAACCGCCUCGUCUCGCUCUGCCAACUCUCAACUUGGAUAUGUGGCUCUCAUGCGGCGGCAAAAGGCGACCGUGUGGUGUGACCGGGCACAGCCUGAAGACGCUAGAAUGCGCGAACAAGCCUUGCGGGACAAGAAGAGAGCAUACCUUGAAGUUCAUGGCGCAGGUUCUGGCCGGGCAGGAACCCUGGGCAGUGGCAAGAUCCGACAUGGUCCUAAGGGAGCUGCUGAGUUCUCACCUUCAAACCUUGUGGGCGCCAAGGUCCCCGUGCGAUUGAGUGCGAACGAGGUCGGCGACGGGGAUGAUGACGCUCGAAGCAGUGAUGGUGGCGCAAUUCACAGACGGACCGGCAGCGGCCGCAGCUCUCUGGGGAGUACCCACCGUUAUCCUAGUGGAUACUCGCGGACACAGGGGACGAUGGGUAGCAAUAGCACGCCUCCGAACGAGAAGACCGACCUUCCAGAAGUGUCUGAAAAUACACCCGCGGAGAUUCACGAAGAAGAAAAGAGUCGACUGUCAUCUCUCCAAAAAGAUGAUUUCGCGACAACACACAGCAGCGAGCAAGAGCAAGACGACAUUGUUGGUGACAUGAAGGCUCCGAACGCGGCCACUUCGGCAGCUGAGAAAGCCCAGAAGGCAGCCGAGUUGCGACGACGAGGCAGUGUAGACGAGCGAACUACUUCCAUGACCAAUGUGCGGCUUUUCGUCGCAAAUCCCGACUCGGACAGCGACUAA